AUGGAGGUUGACAAUAUGAGUCCCUUAUUAGAUAUUCCUCUUGAAGUACUUCUCCAGAUAACUUCCUACCUUACAACUUCGGAUUAUGGAAAUCUUCGCCAUGUUUGUCGGCGACUGGAGGAGUCUCUCCUUCAGUCAUUCACCCACGAGUUCUUCACGAAGAGGCAGUUCAUGAUUAGCGAAUUCAGCCUUGGCGCACUCGUAGACAUCUCUAAGUCUAGAUUCGCGCCUAGCCUUUCCCAUCUGAUCAUUAGCAUUGAGCGUCCUCCUAUACCACCUAGUCUACCAGUUCACAUGCAGGUCUUUUCCGAUGUUGAACAAGCACUGCGGUAUAAUAAGAUGCGUGAAGAACACAUGAGCCAUCAAGCCUUAAUCACCACAGGUCGAGACCUCCAACUUCUCACUGAAGCUCUUUGCAAUCUACCCAACCUCAAAACAAUCGGACUACGUGACUUCAACUCCUCUGGCCGAUAUCGCGAUGGGGCAGACAAUACCUGGCACGCCUAUGGGGCCCCAACAUUCCUCUGGGAGACAAACUAUCCUCUUGAUCAACCACGAUUUGGAGGUCGCCAUCUUGACUCUAGCUUGGUAGAAUCACGUAUACAAUACGUUUCCCACGUAUUCUUGACCAUGCUUCGAGCCCUAGGCAAGGCUAAAGAAACACAUAGCCCUACUCAGCUGGAGGUAAUCCUUAGAAACUGUCAUCUCCCGAGUUUGGCAUUCAACGUGCCUCGUUAUCUUGAAUCGACGAUUACACCCUUUCUCAAAGACCUCAAGACGCUCUUCCUAGAUCUGGGACCUGCGUCAUUUUCUACCCUAGUUAUUAACAACGGGGGAAAUUACCAGGGCUAUCUUGGCCUCACUCUUGUGACAUUCCUGUCGAAGACGACAUCUUUAGAACACUUGAGAUUGAAUUUCCGGAGCUGCGCUAAAGAUGAAACGAGGGACCUUCUCCAGUGGUUGAUUCGUACGCCUGAGUCCCCGGGUGGCUCAAAACACCAAGGGAUUGAGCAUCUAGAGGAGCUUGAAAUUGGAAUGAUAACUAUCGAGCCGUCUCUCCUUCUCAGCAUUUACAAGAGGUUUAAGCCAAGUCUACGCAUAAUCUCUCUGCACAAGGUCACCUUCUCUAUUGAAUCACAAAACCAGGUUGCGGAUAGGGUCAACCUUUGGGCUUCAUUCUUCGGACAGAUGGCGAAACUCAAAUUCAACCUCACCGUCAUACGACUCUCCUUCUUAAAACAGAUACAUUUGAUGUCCCCGUAUUCGAUAGAAUUCAAAGAUAAGAACCACACUUCAAGUGAUCCAAUCUCCGGUACAGAAUGGAAAGGCAAUGACUUCGAGCGUUCUUCGGGAGAAUUGAUUGACUCAAUGUCUGUUAAUUGGCCUCCUGACCAGGAUAUGCAGGAGGACAGCAAUACUUCACCAUCCGAAGAUGAUGAUGAUGAUAUUGAUGACGAGUAG